AUGCUUUUAGCAGAGGAGCCCGCGACGCUCAUCCACCACACCAUCGCCAACUUCAACAUUCAGCCGGACAAAACGGCUAUCGCGCGCAUCAAUGACUCCUACUCUACUCUCCAGCAGGCCCGCGAGAUGCGUCUCCGCGAGGCUGAGGGUGCGCUCAAGAAACUCUCCCGCCAACUUAACACCAUGGCAUCGCAACACGCCGAACUCACCGCAGCGCACUCGUCAACCGCCCACGCCUCCGAGAUCGCCCGCCUCGACACCACCAAGUUCCGCACCGCAAAGGCCGCUUCCGACGCCGAGAUGGAAGCCGAGCGCCUCGCUCAGCAGGCUGCGGACCUCAACGCCCGCCUACAGGAGCUGGAGAUCCAGGGAUUGGACGGCUCGGCCGACGACCAACAGCGCCGCCGCGACCCCGUCGACGACGAAGUGCUGCUGCGGCUCAAGGUCUAUCGGAGCUUGGGCAUUGACAUCGAGAGGGAUAGCAAGGACGGCGAGUUCAGCCGUGCUGUUGUGCGUAACGACCGCAAGGGCGACGUGCACGUUGUCAAUUUGGAUCCCAAGUUUUCAAAGUUUUUCUACGCCAACUACUUUUGGCAGACAUUGUAA